ACAGGUUCCCCACCUGCGCCCGGGCGCUCUGGCCGCCCCGCCUCUGCCCAACGGGCGUUGUAGGAUGACAGGGUUGGCGGGCCCCGGGCCGGCCGAGGAAUUCACGAGGCGCUCACGUUCACCUCCAACGCUAACUCCGCCUAUUUAAUCCCGGCGGCUCCCCCUCUUCUCCCGGCUCCUGCCCGCCCCUUUCGCCCUGGUGGUAGGAAACAUUCCGGUCCCAACUCGACGUGUCCGGAAAGCUCUGGCCAGUUUCCCUUUCGUUCUGCGAUCGCUGCUGCCAGCCGCGAGGCUUUCUCAGACCGGCAGGCGCAGCUGCCGUGGGUGAGGCGCCUGGGGGCCGCAGGCUGAGCGGCGGGGCGCCCCGAGCACUAUGCUGGACCCGUCUUCCAGUGAAGAGGAAUCGGACGAAGCAUUAGAAGAGGAGAGCCGAGAUGUGCUGGUGGCGGCCGGCGGCUCGCAGCGAGCGCCACCGGCCCCGGCUCGCGAAGGGCGGCGGGACGCGCCGGGGCGCGCGGGCGGCGGCAGCGCGGCCAGACCAGUGAGCCCAAGCCCCUCGGUGCUCAGCGAGGGGCGAGACGAGCCCGAGAGGCAACUGGAUGAGGAGCAGGAGCGGAGGAUCCGCCUGCAGCUCUACGUCUUCGUGGUGAGGUGCAUCGCGUACCCUUUCAACGCUAAGCAGCCCACCGACAUGGCCCGGAGGCAGCAGAAGCUUAACAAGCAACAAUUGCAGUUACUGAAAGACCGGUUCCAGGCCUUCCUCAACGGAGAAACCCAAAUUGUGGCUGAUGAAGCAUUUUGCAAUGCAGUUCGGAGUUACUACGAGGUUUUUCUGAAGAGUGAUCGAGUGGCCAGAAUGGUUCAGAGUGGAGGGUGUUCUGCUAAUGACUUCAGAGAGGUGUUUAAGAAAAACAUAGAAAAACGUGUGCGGAGUCUGCCAGAAAUUGAUGGCUUGAGCAAAGAGACGGUGCUUAGUUCAUGGAUAGCUAAAUAUGAUGCCAUUUACAGAGGUGAAGAGGAUAUGUGCAAACAGUCCAAUAGAAUGGUCCUAAGUGCUGUGUCUGAACUUAUUCUGAGCAAGGAGCAACUCUAUGAGAUGUUUCAGCAGAUUCUGGGUAUUAAAAAACUAGAACACCAACUCCUUUAUAAUGCAUGUCAGCUGGAUAAUGCAGAUGAACAAGCAGCCCAGAUCAGAAGGGAACUUGAUGGUCGUUUGCAGUUGGCAGAGAAAAUGGCAAAGGAAAGAAAUUUCCCCAAAUUUAUAGCAAAAGAAAUGGAGAAUAUGUAUAUAGAAGAGUUGCGGUCUUCAGUGAAUUUGCUAAUGGCCAAUUUGGAAAGUCUUCCAGUUUCGAAAGGUGGUCCAGAAUUUAAAUUACAAAAAUUAAAACGUUCACAGAAUUCUGCAUUUUUGGACAUAGGCGAUGAGAAUGAGAUUCAGCUGUCAAAGUCCGAUGUGGUGCUGUCGUUCACCUUAGAGAUUGUCAUAAUGGAAGUGCAAGGUUUGAAGUCCGUUGCUCCCAAUCGAAUUGUUUACUGUACAAUGGAAGUGGAAGGAGGAGAAAAACUUCAGACAGACCAGGCUGAAGCCUCAAGGCCACAAUGGGGAACUCAAGGUGAUUUCACCACCACCCAUCCUCGGCCUGUGGUCAAAGUAAAACUCUUCACGGAAAGCACUGGGGUCCUGGCCCUUGAAGAUAAAGAACUGGGAAGGGUGAUAUUAUACCCAACUUCUAAUAGCUCCAAGUCAGCUGAGUUGCACCGAAUGAUAGUUCCAAAAAAUAGCCAGGACUCUGACUUAAAAAUCAAAUUAGCAGUGCGAAUGGAUAAACCACCACAUAUGAAACAUAGUGGAUAUCUGUAUGCCCUAGGACAGAAGGUUUGGAAAAGAUGGAAAAAACGUUACUUUGUUCUUGUUCAGGUUAGCCAAUACACAUUUGCUAUGUGCAGUUAUAGAGAAAAAAAGUCUGAACCACAAGAACUAAUGCAACUUGAAGGAUACACUGUGGAUUACACAGACCCCCACCCAGGCCUUCAGGGUGGUCAUAUGUUCUUUAAUGCAGUUAAAGAAGGAGACACUGUGAUAUUUGCCAGUGAUGAUGAACAGGAUAGAAUAUUAUGGGUUCAGGCCAUGUAUAGGGCCACAGGUCAGUCAUAUAAACCCAUUCCUGCGAUUCAAACCCAGAAACUGAAUCAUAAAGGUGGGACUCUCCAUGCAGAUGCUCAGCUUUCUGGUAAGGAUGCAGACCGUUUUCAGAAACAUGGUAUGGAUGAGUUUAUUUCUGCUAAUCCUUGCAAGCUUGACCACGCCUUCCUUUUUAGAAUACUGCAGAGGCAGACUUUGGAUCACAGACUGAAUGAUUCCUAUUCUUGCUUAGGUUGGUUUAGCCCUGGCCAAGUCUUUGUGUUAGAUGAGUACUGUGCCCGUUAUGGUGUGAGAGGCUGUCACAGACAUCUCUGCUACCUUACAGAACUGAUGGAACAUUCAGAAAAUGGUGCUGUCAUUGACCCAACCCUGCUCCAUUACAGCUUUGCAUUCUGCGCCUCUCAUGUGCACGGCAACAGGCCUGAUGGAAUUGGAACUGUUUCAAUGGAAGAAAAAGAGAGAUUUGAGGAGAUAAAAGAAAGACUCUCUUCCCUUUUAGAAAAUCAGAUAAGCCAUUUCAGAUACUGUUUUCCCUUUGGACGACCUGAAGGUGCUCUGAAAGCUACGCUUUCAUUACUUGAAAGGGUUUUAAUGAAAGAUAUCGCCACUCCCAUACCAGCUGAAGACGUGAAAAAAGUGGUCAGAAAAUGUCUCGAGAAAGCAGCCUUGAUCAAUUACACUAGACUCACAGAAUACGCCAAAAUAGAAGGCCCAGCAGAAAAGGAAGCAGAGACCAUGAACCAGGCACCUCCUGCUAGAAAGCUGGAAGAGGUUCUUCAUCUAGCAGAGCUCUGCAUAGAAGUCUUACAGCAGAAUGAAGAGCACCAUGCAGAGGGAAGAGAGGCAUUUGCCUGGUGGCCUGAUUUAUUGGCAGAGCAUGCAGAGAAAUUCUGGGCUUUAUUCACAGUAGAUAUGGAUACUGCACUGGAGGCCCAACCACAAGACUCCUGGGAUAGUUUUCCUCUUUUCCAACUGCUCAAUAAUUUCCUCAGAAAUGACACACUUUUAUGUAAUGGAAAAUUUCACAAACAUUUGCAAGAAAUCUUUGUGCCCUUGGUUGUCCGCUAUGUCGAUCUCAUGGAGUCCUCCAUCGCCCAGUCAAUUCACAGAGGUUUUGAGCAAGAGACAUGGCAGCCUGUCAAGAAUAUCGCCAACAGUCUUCCCAAUGUAGCUCUUCCAAAAGUUCCAAGUCUGCCUCUUAAUCUUCCACAGAUUCCUAGCUUUUCUACUCCUUCAUGGAUGGCUUCUUUAUAUGAGUCCACCAAUGGCUCAGCAACAUCAGAAGACCUUUUUUGGAAACUCGAUGCACUGCAAAUGUUUGUCUUUGAUCUGCACUGGCCAGAACAAGAAUUUGCCCACCACUUAGAGCAAAGACUUAAACUAAUGGCCAGUGAUAUGAUAGAGGCCUGUGUCAAAAGAACAAGAACUGCAUUUGAAGUCAAGCUGCAGAAGGCAAGCAAAACCACUGACUUGCGCAUUCCUGCCUCCGUGUGUACAAUGUUUAAUGUAUUAGUCGAUGCCAAAAAGCAAAGCACCAAACUUUGUGCCCUGGAUGGAGGACAAGAGUUUGGUAGUCAAUGGCAACAAUACCAUUCAAAAGUAGAUGAUUUGAUUGACAACGCUGUAAAAGAAAUCAUUUCACUGCUAGUUUCAAAGUUUGUUUCAGUGUUGGAAGGGGUGUUAUCUAAACUGUCAAGAUAUGAUGAAGGCACUUUCUUUUCAUCCAUUCUGUCAUUCACUGUAAAAGCAGCUGCAAAAUAUGUCGAUGUUCCAAAACCAGGAAUGGAUCUGGCAGACACCUAUAUUAUGUUUGUUCGGCAAAACCAGGAUAUUCUUCGAGAAAAGAUCAAUGAGGAAAUGUAUAUAGAAAAGCUGUUUGAUCAAUUCACGGGCUUCGUGGUGACACUCAGCUGCGGCAGGUACAGAAGGUCUUGCUGCGUCAUCCUCUCUGCCAUGGUCUGUUGUGUCAGUGUUCACUAUUCUCUCUUCUUCCUCCAGAAAACAUACAGGGACUUCCGACUGCAGGGUGUGUUAGAAGGCACACUGAACAGUAAGACCUAUGAUACUCUGCACAGACGGUUAACAGUGGAGGAGGCUACAGCCUCUGUCUCAGAAGGAGGAGGACUUCAGGGCAUCACCAUGAAAGACAGUGAUGAAGAAGAAGGCUGAUAACCGCCAGUGCUGUAGGAAGAAGGAGGAUGUUGACCUUGUUUAUUUUGUAAUUACAUUGAUUGUCUGGACCCAAUAAAAAUGCUUGUAUUCCCCUCCACUUUGUAAAGAGUCAACCUGGAAGCAGAGUAAAAGGGGAAAAUGCCAAGUUUUUUUGGUUUUUGUUUUUAACGUCCAGCCUCUUCUGUGCAGCUUGACCUAAAAUGAGCUUUGGCUUUGUUUGUGAUUGGAACAUGAUUUUUUGGUUUUUUAGAAGCUUUGACUUUUUCUUCUGUAAUUACAUCAAAGUAGUGUCCUCUGUGUGAAAUGAGAUCUGCAUUUCUCAUAGUAGACAUUGUGAGAAGAAGCCACUUCGGAUCACUGUGCCAGCUCCAUUGUCCCCUUGUUAAAAUGGUGUGUAUUUAAUAGUUUAUCAUUUCUGUGUCAGGGUUGUUUUUUUUUUCGUAGUUAAUUUGCCAUUGCUGUGAUGUGUGUAAAAACUUUAACCUUGGUUCUUAGUACUCUGAGUUCAUCUGCCGGCUUAAAGGACUGCCAAACCAAAUAUAGACUAGAUCCUCCAUCAGCUUGUGUCUUGUUCUAUUCUGAACAUAUCUUUCAAGUUAAAAAAAAAAAAUCCCAAAGCGUAAGGUAGUAAAUGCGCUGCGAUCCACAUACCGCAUUCUCCUACUUCUAAGUGUAACAGCUUGCAGGCAAUAAAAAUCUAUUUGGUCAAAACCACUUCUGUAUUUAUUAGACUUAUAUAAAUUAAAUGCAGUAAAAAAUGUUUGCAGUAUUACAGACAUCCCAACAA